AUGCUCCUGAAGGCUUUGGGCCUGCUGGUCCUCUCUUAUCUGGGAUGGAGCCUUGUGUCGAUGGAAAAAAACUACCGCCGAGCCUCGGCCAUGAACAUCCCCUUAGUGCGCAUCUACAUUGACCCCAUGAACCCUCUUUGGGUGGUUCUUGAGCCGAUUGUCUGGUCAUGGCUUGAUCGGCUCCCUAUCAACUGGCGCAACUAUACUUUUGGUCGUUAUUCCCGCCGUGGCUGGUACUUUGCCGACCGGGGUGAAUCGCAUCGCCGCUAUGGUCCCAUCUGGGCCAUUGUCACCCCGCGCGAUGUUUACGUCCAAGUCGCCGACUCAAAGGCUAUUCACGAGAUCUUUCAACGUCGAACCGACUUCAUCCGUCCCAGUCAUCUGUACAAGGUGCUUGAGGUUUAUGGACCUUGCAUCUCCACCGCCAGCUGGAUAGACUGGCCACGACACCGCAAGGUUCUCGCGACCCCAUUCAACGAGGGCAUCAUGUCCUUUGUGUGGAACGAAAGCGUGGAGCAGACGCGACAGAUGAUAAAAGCAUGGGACAGUGCCACCGAGGGUCGGAUUGCCAGCGUUGCCAAGGACACGCGCACUCUGUCUCUCAACGUCCUUGCCGCGACUGGGUUUCGCAAGUCGUUCUCUUUUCAGAGUGCCAAUGGCCACACCGUUGGUCGAGGGCCUCAAUCUACCCCGAGCAAAGAGAAGGGCCCAGCUGGGUCGGCGGGCUACCGUGAUGCCCUCCAGACCGUCCUCGACAACUGCAUUCUGCUCAUGGUCCUGCCGCGGAAAUGGCUGAGGCUUCCGAUUGCGCCUCGAUCGUGGCACCAGAUCGCCGAAGCGGCCAAUGACUUCCAGCAGUACAUGGUCCGUAUGUUGGAUGAGGAGACCAAGGCGUUGAACACCGGCCAGGCUGGUAGUGGGGGUCUUAUGACAUCGUUUGUCCGGGCCAUGGACCUUAAGCAGAAAACUGACGCAGAUGGAGAUACUGGAGCUUCCGGUGCCUCCCCUCCCAAAGGCCUUACCGUGGACGAGAUCUUCGGGAAUAUCUUUGUGAUCAAUUUUGCAGGCCAUGAUACCACCGCUAACACGUUUGCCUUUGGACUACUCCUGCUGGCGGCGUAUCCUGAAGUCCAAGAAUGGGUGGCCGAGGAGUUGCGGGGACUGACAGAAGAAGAGAUCAAAAACCACUACAAUGAUCUCUUUCCACGUCUUAGUCGCUGUCGAUCGGUUAUGCUCGAGACCCUCCGCCUCUUCCCCCCAAUCCAAUCCUUACCCAAGUGGACAAGUAGCGAGCCGCAAUCACUCCAAGUCGGUGAACGAACACUUGUCAUUCCCGGUGACGUCGGUAUCAACCCUAGCGUGCUCACCAUGCACAUCGACCCUCAAUACUGGAGCGAUCCGAUGACCUGGAAACCUUCGCGCUGGGUCACGGCAGAAGGAGCGUCCGAGCAAAUUAUAAUCCCCGAGCGGAGCAGCUACCUCCCCUGGUCCGACGGCCCGCAGAACUGUCCCGGGAAUAAGUUCUCGCAGGUGGAGUUUGUGGCCGUCAUGGCGACUCUCCUGCGGACCCAUCGCGUCCACGCCGUCGCUGAUCCCGGCGAGACUUUCCAGGAAACCCAGGCUAGGGUACUGGCGACCACGCAGGAUGUGGAUAUGCAGUUGCUGCUGCGCAUGAAGGACGCGGAUCGCGUGCGGAUGAGGGUGAGUCGCGUCGUCGUAUGAGAUUCUUCUCCGUUGGCAGUUAGGAUGUAGAAACCGCAUUGGCCGGCUUGGAUCCAUGUAAUAUACAAAAUCAUGCAAGUGACAUCUUUUCUUCAUUGUUUUUUUUCUUCGGUUUCAUGAAUUUUAUUGGCUCCGAUAUAGAAGAUAUUUUGCUCUCUCGUGUGCUGCUACCGAUUGCGCCUUCCUUAUCAUGAAAGAAUGGAU